AUGAGUGCUUUUCUACGUGCAGUACUAAAAGUAACCACUCUGCUUUUCUUGGCAGGUAAUACAUUACUUUUGAUUCUCAUCAUUUUAUCUGGUGCAGUGAACAAUUAUCCAGUUAACCAUUUUUACUGGGUUCAGGGUGAUACGAGAGGUAUUCCAAACGCUUCAGAUUUAACCCGUUGGACAUUUUGGGGUGCCUGCGAGAGGAGAGGUCAGGAAACGUUUUGUGGAAAUAAUUUAUCACCAGCUUACCCAAUUUCUCCUGUUGACAACUUCGGUACUACUACCAAUGUUCCAGACUCCUUCAUUUCCAAUAGAGAUUCAUUUUAUUACUUAACUAGGUUUUCUUUUUGUUUCUUUUGGAUCGCAUUAGCCUUCAUUGGUAUUUCCUUCUUACUUUAUAUCGGAUCAUGGUGUUCAUACGGAUUUGCUAAAGUUGUGUGGAUGUUGACCGCUGUUGGUUGUUUAUUCAACGUAACUGCUGUUGUUUUGCAAACUGCAGCCUCAGUAAUGGCAAGAAAUGCCUUCUCAGAUUCCAAUAGAGAAGCUUCCCUUGGAGCUGAUUUGUACGGUAUAGCCUGGGCCAGUGUCUCCUUAUCUAUAAUGGAAACGGCGUUCACCGUAUCGGAGUACUUCACCUGGUUUUUGAGCAAGUCAAGAGAGCAACACACACAAGUACCUGUUGUUUCACAAGAAACUGGUCCUUUUAAAUCUAUUUUUUCGUCAAAAAAAGAGCAAUACCCCACUGAUGACCCAACGCUAGCUGUAAAUGACCAAUACGCUUCUAAUACUGUCAACACAAUGACAAGCGUACCUCCUCAUGAGAAUACUCACAGUGGCAUUAACUUUUUCACAAUCAGAAAAUCUCAAAAGACUAAAGCCGAUGAGGAGUCUGUUUAA